GUAAUGAGAAAGGUGCUGCAAGGCCUUCGAGCAGACGAAGACUUUUACAACCGCCUCAGUCACCGAUGGACAGUUUUGAUUCUGGUGGUCUUCUCUUUAUUUGUCAACAUGAAGCAGUACGCAGGGUCCCCCAUCAUAUGCUGGGUUCCGGAUAAAUUUACCAGCGCAUGGAAAAAAUACACGAAUCAGAUGUGCUUCAUAGAACCCAUGUACUUCAUUCCAUUUCAAGAGAGGAUACCAGAUCCUGAAUUACCAACGCCACAUUUUACAUAUUACAUUUGGAUUCCUCUCGUGCUUCUCGUACAAGCCGCCAUGUUUUAUGCACCUCGCGUCGUCUGGCGUUUGAUGUGUGGUUCGGCUGGAAUAAAUAUCAGGAGUAUCAUACUGUUAUUAGAAAAAGAAACUAUGAACAAUGAAAAAAGAAAAAAUAAUGUUGAUCUCGUCUGCAAAUAUAUUGAACGUUUUCUUGGUCGAUGUAGAAAGUACAAAAUUGACUGUAAAGGGUAUGUGAGACGCAUACUUAUUGGCUACUGGUGCUUUUGUGUCGGACGCGCCAAGGGCAACUAUCUCUUCUUCUUGUUCCUCUGGUGCAAGGUGCUCUACGUUUUAAACAUAAUAGGACAGAUGUUUUUACUGAACUGGUUUCUAAGCAGCGACUUCCAUUCCUAUGGCACUGAGAUAAUAGCAGACUUCAUGCAAUGGCGGGACUGGACUGAAACUUCACGAUUCCCCAGGGUUAUUCUUUGUAACCUGAAGAUCCGCGUCUUGGGUGGAAACAUCCAUCGUCAUACAGUCCAGUGUGCGCUGCCUGUGAACUAUUUCAACGAAAGAAUCUAUUUGUUUAUUUGGUUUUGGUUUCUGUUGUUGACCAUUGCCACAAUCAUGGGGUUUUUCAUAUGGGUCAGUUUAGCAUUUCAGAGGGAAAGGCAAUAUUUCGUCAGGAAUUGCCUUAAAAUAAAGGGACUUCAUAAACCGGGUAGUAAAUCGGACAAAAAUGAUCUCAACGAGUUUGUCAGAGACUACUUAAGAUUGGACGGAGCGUUCAUUUUAAAACUUAUGGCCAGAAACACAAAUGACAUUGUUGUGGCAGAUAUCGUUUGCAAACUUUUUAAGCGAUUCCAAACGAAAAAAUACAAAAACAACAAUGGUGAUAUUACAGACCCUACCACCACCACUGUGAAUGGAGGCCUACGAAAUGGAGGACAUCUGAAAGAAGUCUAAUGAUAGCAUAAACAUCCGUUAAAAAGAGACAACAGGAACUCGUUUAAUACUUAAUUAAUUUGUAUACAAUUUCCACUUUAUUUCUGGUUUAAAAUGCACCGAGUGUUCACUGUGUGGAUGAUUUUUAAU